UAGAACCUUUGUGGUUUCAUUGUCCCUGAUUUUGAUUUUUCUUAUGGGGAACCUGAGUUGCUGCAUUCAAGGUGACUCGAAGAAGCCUUCCAAAAGGUGUGUGAAAAGGGACCCCUACUCUACUACCAAGGUGACUUCAGAGAGCACAUUCAAUGAGAAUACAGGAAGAUAUGCGGUGCACACCAACCAGUGUCGGAGACCUCAUGGCUCCCGGGUAAAGAAGAAGAGGUACCCACAAGAAGAUGACUUCCAUCAUACAGUCUUCAGCAACCUUGAAAGAUUGGACAAGCUUCAGCCCACUCUUGAAGCCUCUGAGGAGUCUCUAGUUCACAAGGACAGAGGAGAUGGAGAGAGGCCAGUCAACGUGAGGGUGGUGCAGGUGGCCCCUCUGAGGCGUGAAUCUACUCCCCAUGAGGACACCGUACACGAAAUCGCUAAUGAGGAUGCUGUAUAUGACAUCGCUACUGAGGAUGCUGUAUAUGACACUGCUAAGGAGGACGCCGUCCAGGGCAUCGCCAACGAGGUCGAAGUCCAGGGCAUCGCACACGAGGACGCAGUCAAGGGCAUCGCUAACGAGGACACCGCCCAUGGCAUCGCUAACGAGGUCGCCGCCCACGGUGUCGUGAACGAGGACGCCGCCCAGGGCGUCACUAACGAGGACGCCGCCCAGGGCGUCGCUAACGAGGACGCCAUCCACGGCGUCGCUAACGAGGUCGCCAUCCACGGCGUCGCUAACGAGGUCGCCGUCCAGGGCGUCGCUAACGAGGACGCCGUCCAGGGCGUCGCUAACGAGGACGCCGUCCACGGCGUCGCUAACGAGGACGCCGUCCACGGCGUCGCUAACGAGGACGCCGCCCAGGGCGUCGCUAAUGAGGACGCCGCCUAUGGCGUCGCUAAGGAGGAUACCACCCAGGGCAUCGCAAACGAGGACGCUGUCCAGGGCAUUGCCAACGAGGUUGAAGUCCGGGGCAUCGCACACGAUGACGCAGUCCAGGGCAUCGCUAAUGAAGACACCGCCCACGGCAUCGCUAACGAGGACGCCGCGCAGGGCAUCGGUAACGAGGAUGCAAACCAGGGCAUCGUGAACGAGGACGCCGCACAGGGCAUCGCUAACGAGGAUGCUGCACAGGGCAUCACUAACGCGGACUCCGCCAAGGGCGUCGCUUUUGAGGACGCCAUCCAGGGCAUUGCUAAGGAGGACGCCGCCCAGGGCGUCGCUAACGAGGACGCCGCGCAGGGCAUUGUGAACGAGGAUGCCGCACAGGGCAUCACUAACGAGGACUCCGCCAACGGCGUCGCUUUUGAGGACGCCAUCCAGGGCGUCGCUAAGGAGGACGCCGUCCACGGCGUCGCUAACGAGGACGCUGCCCAGGGCAUCGCUAACGAGGACGCCACCCAGGGCAUUGCUAACGAGGACUCCACGCAGGGCAUCGCUAACGAGGACGCCACCCAGGGCAUCGCGAACAAGGAGGCCGCACAGGGCAUCGCUAACGAGGACUCCACCAACGGCGUCGCUUUUGAGGACACCGCCCAGGGCGUCGCUAACGAGGACGCCGUCCAUGGUGUCGCUAACGAGGUCUCCGUUGACGGGGUCGUUAAAGAGGUCGCCGCACAGGGCAUCGCGAACGAGGACGCCGCCCAGGGCAUCGCUAACGAGGAUGCCGCACAGGCCGUCGCUAACGAGGAUGCCGCACAGGCCGUCGCUAAGGAGGACGCCGCCCAGGGCGUCGCUAACGAGGUCGAAGUCCAGGGCAUCCCACACGAGGACGUCGUCCAUGGCAUUGCUAACGAGGUCGCCAUCCAUGGCAUCGUUAAAGAGGUGGCCGCACAGGGCAUCGCGAACGAGGACGCCGCCCAGGGCGUCGCUAAGGAGGUCGAAGUCCAGGGCAUCGCACACGAGGACGCCGCCCAGGGCAUCGCUGAGGAUGCCGCCGCCCACGGUGUCACUGAGGAGGUCGCCGCCCAUGGCGUCGCUGAUGAGGACGCCGCCCACGGCGUCGCUAACGAGGUCGCCGUCCAUGGCGUCGUUAAAGAGGUGGCCGCACAGGGCAUCGCGAACGAGGACGCUGCCCAGGGCGUCGCUAAGGAGGUCGAAGUCCAGGGCAUUGCACACGAGGACGCCAUCCAGGGCAUCGCUAACAAGGUCGCCGUCGAUGGCAUCGUUAAAGAGGUCGCCGCACAGGGCAUCGCGAACGAGGUCGCCGCCCAGGGCGUCACUGAGGAGGAUGCCGCCCAGGGCGUCGCUGAG